ACCUCUCUGGUCUGCUGCAGAGGAGGGGGUGGGGUGGGUAGGACGGAGCCGGCCAAAUGGGCCAGUCGGUCAGAUUCAGACCCCACCCCAAGUGGAGGCAGCAGCUUUCCCCCCCACCCCCGAGAAGGCCAGAUGGCAUUGCUUAGCCUCCUCAGGAUGGAGGCCAUUCCUGGGCAAGCCAGAAGCCAAAGAAAAAAGCCAAAGUGAGGACUUGCUGAGGUUGUGUGAAUCAGGCGACAAAGACAUUGAUUUCCAUGGUUCUGGGCUUGGUGUGCGGGCUUCUUCCGGCCAGGUCCUAUAAAGGUUUGAUUGUGGUUUAUCCCACAAGCCACGGGGUGCCUCCUGUUCCCCCAUGGGAAGCGGACAGGUGAGGAAGGACGCGCGAAAGGGAGGUUUCCAUCGGCCGUGCCAGGCUGCAUGAGGCAGCUGCUGCUUCUCCCAUGGCUGGGACUGCUGAGCCAGGGCACACACACCCCCAUUACCCAGAGGGCCUCCGGCCAUACCCGUUGAGGCCAGGAGUUGCCCUUGGGGCCCCCGAGGAGCUGGCAUCACCAGCACUGGUCUGGCUCCCUAGUACCAAGGCCGGGAUGGCUUUCUCUGGGCAGCACCACCCACAGCCAAGCCAGGUUCCUGACGGGAGUGUGGGAGGGGGGCCCAAGAUGAUUAUGGGGGGGUGCAGAAAGAGCCGCUCUGCCUCCCCCGUGAGCGGACGAUGACUGCGAUCCCUGCCAAGGGGCAGCCUUCCUCCUUUAUCGACCCAGCGAUAACCUGGCAAGAUCAAAGAGGCCUGGCGAUCACACCUGGUCGGGACUCCAAGGAUGCUCAGCUGCAGCUGGCUAUAAAUACGGGAGGGGCUUCCCACAAAGCCCACUUCAGCGGCUGCCACCAUGUUCAAGCUGCUCUGUGCCCUCCUGCUCGUGGCUCAUGCCUACGGCUGUGGCCACCCCACCUACGGGCCCAACAUUUCGCGUGUGGUUGGGGGCGAAGAUGUCUGGCCCCACAGCUGGCCCUGGCAGGUCUCCCUCCAGUAUGACAAGAAAGGAGUUUGGGCUCACACUUGCGGCGGGACCCUCAUUGACGCCAACUGGGUGCUAACGGCGGCUCACUGCAUCAGCUCCAAGCGGACCUACCGAGUGCUGCUGGGCAAGCAGAACCUGAAAGCGGCCGAGGCUGGGGAGGUGGCCGUGGCAGUGGAGAAGGCCAUCGUCCACGAGAAGUGGAACUCACUCUUCAUUAUCAACGACAUCGCCCUGUUGAAGCUGGCGGAGCCGGUCCAGUUCAGCGACACCAUCCAGCCCUCCUGCCUGCCCUCCCCGGAGUCUCUGCUGCCCCAGGGCUUCCCCUGCUACGUCACCGGGUGGGGCCGUCUCUGGACCAACGGGCCCAUCGCGGACACCCUUCAGCAGGGCUUCCUGCCCGUGGUCGACCACGCCACCUGCACCCAGAAGGACUGGUGGGGCUCCAUGGUCAAGCCCAGCAUGGUCUGCGCGGGGGGAGACGGUGUCAUUUCGGGCUGCAAUGGUGACUCCGGGGGGCCCCUGAACUGCCGCAAUGGCGACUCCUGGCAAGUCCACGGCAUUGUGAGUUUUGGGUCCGCCCUCGGCUGCAACACGGCCAAGAAGCCCACCGUCUUCACCCGCGUCUCCGCCUUCAUCACCUGGAUCAACGAGAAAAUGACUCAGGACUGAGGAGGCAGCUGUGCCGCCUGGCAAACCGAGAUUGGAAAAGGCUCAAUAAACAUUUUAACCUCCCAAA